AGAUUCCACUUUUAAUAAAAUUUAAAAUUUUAUUUUUAUAUGUUAUCUAAUUUACAAAUAAUUAUGAAUGUAUUAUUCGAUAUUGAGUGAGAAAUUCGAUGGAAGGAUUCUACUUGAUUUCAACAUCAAUAAACCUCUCGACUCACACUGUGACCUUUUCUACAAUCUUUUAUUGAAAGAUAUAACCGAUGUGAAGCUUUACAAUUCGAUCAUCAGUGUUAGAAACAGCAAAACAUCUUUAAAGAAUUUAUCACACUUGAUUUAUCUUUUCCCUUGGUCAAUUCAGCAUAAAUUCCUCCCUUCUACCAUUAAUUCUAAUAUUUAUGAUAAAAAUCCUGAAAAUGGUUCAGCUGUUCCCAACAAGGAGAAGAACCUCUUGAGUAAAGAAUUGGCCAAGUACAUUAAGGCUUUUAAAAGGUUAGGUUUGAUUUCAAGUGAAUUACUGAACUUGAGGCUGAUUGGGCUUACUAGCAGGAAUAACUUAGUUUACUCUCGAGUCAGGGAUCUUUGCAUGAGUGGCGUUAAGGUCAAAUUGGUUUGUAAAAUAGGGCGUGAGAUAUUUGAAUAUGAGGGAAAGUUGGCAUUCUUUGACAGGAACUUAAACAUUCUAUUACUGAAUGAGAUUUUUACUUACAUAAAUAACGAUAUUAUUGUGGCGAUUGUUUAUUAAAUCACCUCGACACCAUCUCUUUGAAAAAUGGUUUAAUUUCAUUCUUGAGUAA